AAGGAGAAGGCAAAGGAGUGGGUGGCUGCAGGAGGCCGGGCCGCCUGAGAUCUUGGACCCUGCAGGCUGCAGUGUGGGGAUUCCUUUUGCCCUCUUUCCUCGUGGUUGAUGCUUCUGCCUGGAGCUGCCAGUCAAGUGCAGCGGCAGGAUGUGUGGCGGGUUCCUGAGGCAGCUGUUGGCUAAGGAGAGCCAGCAUUCCACCCCCGUGGGGCGCUUCCUGCUUCCGGUGCUCGUGGGAUUCCGGCUCCUGAUUCUGGUUUCCAGUGGACCUGGGGUCUUUGGUGACGAUGAGAACGAAUUCAUGUGUCAUUUAGGGCAGCCAGGCUGCAAGACUGUUUGUUACGAUGUCUUCCGCCCUCUGUCUCCUUUGCGCUUCUGGGCCUUCCAAGUCCUCCUGAUGGCUGUACCCAGUGCCAUUUAUGUGGGGUUCACUCUGUAUCACGUGAUCGGACACUGGGAGGAACCAGGAAAGGAGAGCAAGGAGCAAGAGAUCCGGAUUUGCAAGGGGGGUCGUCGCAAGGAUGUCUCAGGGGCGGAAAGCCUCACGCUCCUCUGGGCCUAUCUGGCACAGCUUGGGGCACGGCUAGUCCUUGAGGGAGCAGCCCUGGGAGUUCAGUACCACCUGUAUGGCUUCAAGAUGCCCAGCACUUUUACGUGUCGUGAGGAUCCUUGCAUCGGCAGCACGACCUGUUUCCAGUCGCAUCCCUCUGAGAAGACCAUCCUCCUCAACAGCAUGUUUGGGGUCAGCGGGGCCUGCCUCGUGUUUACUUUCUUGGAGCUUGUGCUUUUGGGUUUAGGGAGGCUUUGGAGGGUGUACAAGCACAAACUCCCCUUCAUAAAGAAUUUGCCAACCUCAGAGAGCUCCGUAAGAGGCAAGGACACAGCUGAUGACUUGUCCAUGGUGGAGACAAAAGAGCCAUUUUGAGAACCAGGUGAGGACCCCACUGACAGUCGUGUCUCUGCCUCUGAUGUCUCUGUGUUGGCGAUCCCUCAUACUCCGGGGUGUGCAGCUCCCCACAUUACAAAGUGUACACAACCAGUCUCCAUGCAGACGCAUUCUGAAGUAAUUAACUUUUUACUUUAAAUUGUACGUGUGUGUGUGUGUAUUUGUGCACGUGAGUGCAGGUGCCUGUGGGGGCCAGAGAGGGCAGUAGAUCUCUUGACGCAGGCGUUAGUUCAGUUGUGAACUGCCCCAUGUGGGUACUGGGAAGCAAACUUACAUUCAUAGUAUGCACGGGGACGUCUAUCCAGCCCCUCAGAUGUACUUUUUUUUUUAAAGUUAGAAAGUGUUUCCUUUGGUUCACAGUUUGGGGGUAGAGUCCCUUAUGGUGGAGAAGGCAUUCAUACACAUAUAUGAAAUAGGUAGCCAUAGGUGGCCUGGAACUCGUCAUGUAGAUCAGGCUGGCUUUGAACUCACAGAGAACUACCUGCCUCUGACUCCCAAGUGCUAAGAGUAAAAGCAUGAGCCAGCACGCCUGACUGAGGCAGAUUAAUUUUGAUUACUAGCCUGAAACCAUCUCCCAACACCUGCCUCUGUCAGUUGCAUGACUUUUUUAGAGGACUAUGAUGAGUAAUUAGUCGGUGUGCUGCCUGCCCUGAUGAAGACCCAGUGAAGACCCCAGCUUCUGUCUGACUUCUGCUUUGCAGGGUUAUAAAGCUACCUGCCCGCAGAGAACGCUGUGAGCGGAUAUAACACAUCCAGUGAGGUGGCAGGUGAAGUGAGAUGCUACUGUGGGCAAAGGCGCUUGCCACCAAGGCUCCCAUCUGAGAUCCAUCUCCAGAACACACACAGAGAAGGGGGAAAACCAGCUCCCACAAGUUGUCCUCUGACCUCCACAUACGUGGCAUCAUGCACACGUGCGACAAUAAUAAAUAAAAUAAUAACAUCUUAGAACACAAAACAAAACCUCCCGCAUCAAUUAACUGUCACUUCUAACUUCUUACCUCUCCUGUCUCUCCACGAAACACAAGCAAACAGCAACCCAUGUUCUGUUUCCCUGGAUUAUCCUACUCUGAGGUUUUUAUAGAGGUGGAAUCAUACAUCAGGCCCACUGGUCACUUAUUCCAUGUCUUUGUAGGAAAGACCUAGUCCUGUGCCAGUAAAAACCAGGUCACUUAUUUUUUUGGCAUUGUAACAACUCUUUAUAUAUUAUGAUUGUUAGGUACUUAUCAAAUGAGUAAUUUAAAAAUAUUCUUUUGUUCCAUAGAUUGUUCUUCUUUUCUUUCUGAGUACUAUGUCUUUAUCAUAAUUUGUUCUUUGGUCAUUCAUACAUGUAUACAUGCAUUUUGGUCAUGUCUGCCCCAUAUCCCUGUCUAACUCAUCUUUGGCUCCUGUCAUGCCCCUAUCCAGAUUUAAUGUCAUCUUCUUUUCUCUAUAAUCCACUGAGCACAGAACCAGUGCUACUCAGAUGUGCAUGUGUGAGACCAUCUGCCGGGACAUGGCCAGCCAACCUGAAUCCACGUCUCCCUCCCCCAGCUGGGUCAGCUGGGUCAGCUGCUAACAGUUCCUCAGCUGUGGGGAGGCCCUCCCUCGUCCAGGCUGGGAUGUUGAGCGCUUUGAGGUUGUGCAGGCAGCUACUGCUCCUGCCAGUUCAUGAGCGCCACAUCCUCACCUUGUCUAGAAGACAUGGCAGAUCUCCCAGAGAGCCGCCUCUUCAAAUUAUACUUCCCCAUUUCCCCACCUUCUCCGAAGCUCCCCUGAUCUCUGCGGACAAGGAGGUGACAUAGAUGUCUCAUUUGGGGCUGAGUACUCCACACACAUCUGCUCUCUGCAUUUUGACGGAUUGUGAGCCUGUGUGUUGUCCCCUGCCCACUGUACAGAGAAAGUUCUGGGGUAGGGACUGAGAACUGACCCAAUCUAUCAGUAUAAAGAAGCAUUUAGAAGACAAUUUGAUACUAUGCCAAUUUAGCAAACUAUUAGUAAUUGGCUUUUUCUUUUUUUUUAUUUUUAUUUUUGUCUGUGAGCUCUUCAAGAUGGGUUCUUGGCUAGAUUAUUUGUGGUCCCAGGAAUGAGUCUCCUCUUGAGGGGUGGAUCCUCAGUCUAGUCAAAGCAUUUGGUUAUCCUGUGACAUCUAUUCCACUGUUCCCAUGGGUAUGUCUUGAGACUGACGGUUGUAACUCACAGGAUUCUUACAUGAGGAAGAGUUUUGUUUCUUUACAUGAGGAAGGCUAGCCAGCAGGGAGAUGGCAAUGUUCUUUGGUGUACAAAAGCCUUCCAUUUUGAUGAAGUCUAAUUACUCAUUUUUCUUUUGUGAUUGUGUUUGUGAUUUUGGUGCUACGUUUUAAAGUCCAUUGUUUCACCCAAAACUAUGAAUUUACAGCUGUGUUUCCAUCUAAGAAAUUUAUACUUUUAACUUUUACAUUUAUGUCUUUGAUUUAUUAUGGAGUGGAGAAAAAAAGAUGAAGAUGACAUUACCUUUCCUGUUGGAUACAAUAUAAAAGAGCAGAAUAUUUGAAGUGUAAAAAGGAAAAACAGUCCUGUUACUCCAUAGAACUACAAUCAGCAGAACUAGCUCUCAAAAGUAAAGGCAAAAGAGAGGCCUUUGUGUUGAUGUGA